AAGGACGCUUUAGCCAAGAUGUUCGAGAAGUAUCGAGCAUCGACCGAUGAGAGGGAUACAGUGGGUGUUGAGGGUGCCAUGAGCUAUCUAACCGAUUUGGGUGUCAACCUUGAGAAUGCGGAAGCGCUUGUCGCGCUGGAAAUCAUCCAGGCACCAUCAUUGGGGGAGAUUUCAAAGCAAGGGUUCGUCGAUGGUUGGAGUGCUGUUGGAGCGGAUACUAUAAGCAAGCAAAAGUCAUAUGUGGCUGGACAGAUCAAGAACCUUAAGUCCGAUAUUUCUCUGUUCAAGAAAGUUUACAGACACACCUUCAUCUGCGCUAAGGACAAAGGACAGAAAGCCCUCUCGCUUGAGAACGCUCUGGUAUACUGGGAGCUAUUAUUCAGCCUACCUGGAAAGCCCUGGGUCACCGCUUCCACAAACUGGGCAGAUCUUUGGAUGGAAUUCUUGAAGGCUAAAUGGACUAAGUCUGUCAACAAGGAUAUGUGGAAUCAAACCUUCGUAUUCUUUGAGAAGACCAUGGAGGACGAGAGUCUGAGCUUCUGGAGUGAAGAUGGCGCUUGGCCAGGCGUGAUUGAUGACUUUGUUGUCUAUGCAAAGGAGAAGAGAGGCGAUGUACCGGAAUCAAUGGAGACUGACUAG